AUGGCUCCUGUGAAAAGCUUGUGGCGAAGGGAGGCAAAAAAAAAGAAGCAGAUUUUAAAGUUUACCCUCGACUGCACCCACCCUGUAGAAGAUGGAAUCACGGAUGCUGCCAAUUUCGAGCAGUUUCUUCAGGAGAGAAUCAAAGUGAACGGAAAAGCUGGGAAUCUCGGCGGAGGGGUUGUAACCAUUGAAAGAAGCAAGAGAGACUUCCGCAAGAGUAAGAUCACUGUAACGUCUGAGGUGCUUUUUUCCAAAAGGUACUUGAAAUAUCUCACAAAAAAAUAUUUGAAGAAGAAUAACCUACGUGACUGGUUGUCUGUAGUCGCCAAGAGCAAAGAGAAUUGCGAAUUGCGUUACUUCCAGAUAAACCAGGAUGAAGAGGAGGAGGACGAGGAUUAA